CUCCAGUAAAUGACCGAGCCUCUGCACGAGAGGCGCAGAAAUGAAAUUCUACAUGUUUGGCGAGGGUAUAUUUCAGGCUAGUGUGAACGAGUGAGUGAAAACGGGAGAGAGAGAGAGAGAGAGAGAGGACGAAGGCGCCGGGGCUCUGAGCGGAGCCUUCACAGAGAACGGGAGGACGGCGCAGAGAGGAUGCGGCUGGUUUUGCGCACCCGCUCUCUGACUUUCAAAGCGUUCACUCCAGUCGAUGCGCCCGGUGGAUUUGGCCCAGUUUCCGUUUGACGUAUUCCUCGUGUCGCGUGCGCUUCGUCACAUUGGAUCGUCCGGGUUUUUCCGCUCGCUGAACCGGUUCGGCUGUGUCGAACCCGCGGCUGUGCAGCGGUCUGCGGCAUCUGCUGGAGCGACAUGAGCGCAGGGAAACUUCGGAGCUUCACGAUGAACGUACCUGUCAUCAUUUUGCUCAUCCACCUGACCCAACCCGAAAUUAAAGCGCUGGUGGCGAGCGGCGGCGGCGGCGGCCCAGACAGGUGCCCCCUGGGUCAGUUCCCCUGCGGGAACCUGAGCGAGUGCCUUCCUCAGGCCCUGCAGUGCAACGGACACAAGGACUGUGUGAACGGAGCGGACGAGCGGCGCUGCGGAGACAACAUCGGAUGGGCCGACUUAUUUGGCCGAACGCUGCAGAACCUGGGCCCGGUGGACCAGUACUACCUGAAUGAGUGUUCGCUGCAGGAGUAUCCAGAGAGCUGCGACUGCACGCGCACCGACGUGGAGUGUGUGGAGGUGGAGCUGCAGGACGUCCCUCGCCUCUCCCCCAACGUCACCUGGCUAUCGUUGAGGAGCAACAAGAUCCGAGUGCUGUCGGAUUUCGUUUUCUCCGAAUACUCGGCUCUACAGAGGCUGUUCCUGCAAAACAACAGUCUCCAGUUCAUAUCUGAACACGCCUUCAGCGGCCUGCACAGCUUAAAGAGGCUGUUCCUCAGUCAGAACCUGAUCUCCUCCCUGAGCCCCGGCGUGUUUGGGGACCUCCAUCAGUUGGAGUGGCUGAUGUUGGAUCAUAACCCACUAAGCAGCUUGUCCCAGGACACGUUCAUUGGCCUCCAGUCUCUCAUGUACCUGUCCAUGGUGGAUAUCUCGCUGCAGCAGCUUCCUCAGCCCAGCUUCUGUCAACACAUGCCCACGCUGGACUGGCUGGAUCUUGAGGGAAACCAGAUUCAAACCAUCAACUACUCCAUACUGAAGACCUGCAGCAAGCUUGAGGUUCUAUUACUGAUGGACAACAGGAUCAGAAGAGUCCCUGAAAACACCUUCCAGUCUCUAUGGAAACUGGCCGAACUGAAUCUGUCCAGCAACAGGAUCAGGGAGCUGCCGAAGAACACCUUUAAAAGCCUCUCCAAGUCCCUCCUCAAACUGUCUGUUUCUUGUUGCAGAAACAUCUCCUAUAAUCCUCUUCUCCGAGUUCACCCCACCCACUUCAGCCAUCUGACACAGCUCCAGUCUCUGGCCCUGGAAGGCAUAGAGAUUCCAGACAUUCAGACAAAGAUGUUUCUGCCGAUGAUGAAUCUGUCCCACAUAUACUUCAAGAAGUUCCAGUACUGCUCCUACGCGCCCCACGUCAGGUCCUGCAAGCCCAACACCGACGGCAUUUCGUCCUUCGAGGACCUGCUGGCCAACAUAGUGCUGCGGGUCUCUGUGUGGGUCAUGGCCUUCAUCACCUGCUUCGGCAACCUCCUCGUCAUCGGCAUGAGGUCGCUGAUACGAGCUGAGAACAAUCUGCACGCUGCCUGCAUCAAGGUCCUCUGCUGUGCAGACUGCCUGAUGGGAGUUUACCUGUUUUUCGUGGGAGUGUUUGAUGUAAAGUUUCGUGGGCAGUACAAUCGCAACGCCCUGUUAUGGAUGGAGAGCAUGGAAUGCCGCACCAUUGGAUUCCUGGCCAUGCUGUCGUCAGAGGUCUCUGUUCUUCUCCUGACUUACCUGACUCUGGAGAAGUUCCUGGUUAUUGUCUUCCCCUUCAGCAACCUGCGUCCGGGGAAACUUCAGACCGGAGUGGUGCUGGCCUCGAUCUGGCUGCUGGGCUUCAUCAUUGCUGCCGUGCCCCUGAUGAACGAGGACGUGUUUGGGAACUACUAUGGACGUAACGGGGUCUGCUUCCCUCUGCAUUCUGACAGGCAAGAAAAACCUACAGCCAAAGGAUAUUCCACAGGGAUAUUUCUGGGUCUGAACCUGGUGGCGUUCCUGGUGAUCGUCUGCUCCUACUGCAGCAUGUUCUACUCCAUCUACAAAACCGGCAUCAAUGCCACGGACCUGAGGAGCCGGCUGCACAAAGACGUGGCCGUGGCCAACAGGUUCUUCUUCAUCGUGUUCUCUGAUGCCCUCUGCUGGAUUCCUAUAUUUCUGGUGAAAAUCCUCUCACUGUUGGAAGUGGAGAUACCUGGCACCAUCUCCAGCUGGGUGGUCAUCUUCAUCCUCCCCAUCAACAGUGCCUUGAACCCCAUCCUCUACACUUUGACCACCAGCUUUUUCAGAGAGCAGGUGGAACUUUUACUCUGCCGCUGGCAGAGAAGACACGUGUCCAAAAAAGACCGCAAGAGCCUCACGUCCUCCACGACCUUCAUGGACGCGUCGCGCGCCUCCUGCUGCCAGUCGGCCUACCUGCAGCGGGUGACUCUGAGCGGCGCCGAUCCCCGCUACGCCUGAGGGAACAGGAAGCACGGGCAGAACAGACUGACAUUAUCAUGCUCUGACAUGCUUUACAAUCGUAAUAAUGACUAUUACGUCCAACGCUGUUUACAACCGCCCUCAUACAUGAACACGCACCCACAUCAGGGCUGAUGUCUGGUUUAAGGAGCCAACGGGAGGAUGGAAAAAGCCAUGGAUCAAAGCAUCGACCUAAUGAUGGACGGAUGAACCUUCUACCACUGAGCUGCAGCUGCUCCUACGCUAAGACAUUUUAUAAGGUAGAUAAGUGGGAAGAAGAGGAAUAAAUACCAGCAUUUAUCAGUUCAUCUUCUUCCUUAAGGAGAAAGCUCUUAGACAUUAUAUAAUUAACUCUAUAUUAAAUAUGAAGUUAGGUAAAAAGGAGAGGGGGAAACUGGAACAAAUGCUGCUCAGUUUGGAGUGACUGAAGUGAAGAUGAGGCUGAAAAAGGCCGUUUUGAAGGCGAUGACUCUUUGAUUGCACUUGACCUAGCACUUAGGCGUUGUUUAUCAAAUUAUAAUGCUGGAAAUGUGUCAGUGGCUGUAUUCGGGUUAAUUAAUGUGCAUAUUAACAAUGUCAUAUUUAAAAUUCAAAUGCAAAAAUCCAGCUUUGCUUUUUCAAGUGUCAUCCGUCAGGUAAAAAGCAAAAGCAGCAUCUGCUUCACAUUGUUCCAAAUGAGAGGGCGGUGAUCUGACGCUGCCUCCCAGCAGACGAUCUGGGUUUGCAGCGUUCACACGCGUGUGUUCCUUUAAGCCCACAAACGUCCUGAUGUUUCAAGUGUGAGUGUGUUUAUUUAUAACAUCUCUUUCUGUUUUGUUCUCAUUUGAUCUCCUCUGUCAGCUGUUGGCUUCAGUAACUUGACAGUUUUUUUGAUUUAAGCUAGAAUUCUGCUUUUGUCCAAAAGGUAAAGGUACAAAUAAAGUUUUGAAAGGAAGGGAUUAGCAUUUUAGCAGAUUUGGUGUUAAUAAUGGAACACACACUUAUUGUUCACACUAAGCUAAUAAUAAAUGUUUGUUUAUAACCAUGUACAAUUUUUAUGAAUUUGUAUUGAAUAAGAUGAUAAAGGCAAGUGUUUCUUUUCUGCCACAAACAUUUGUUAUGGAUACAAUUUAAACUGAGCCAUUGCAACUUAAGAAUGUCAAAAAGUCAAAACGCUAAUCACCAAUGUAAAGGCAACUACAUUUUACCCUCUGACUGUUUCAUGUAUUAUAUAUAAUCCUUCAGCAUUCAGAGUAUAAACUGAUGCCAUUUUGGCCAUAUUUCAGAAAUAAUGGGUCUAGUUUGUAAUUGUAUUUCUUUCUGAAGGUUUUUUGCAUUUAUUUUAAAGCACGUACUGGAAAUGAAAUGUUAGAAAAUCUUCACUGUUCAGUAGAUUAUAAGUGGAGCAUUACUAAAAUACUCCAAGACGUAUGCCCUGCAAAAAGGACCCCAAAUCCGAUAAAAUAAUGGUCCAAGUGCAAAAGUCUAUGUGUGCCUACACAGAGGUUUAUGGCAGGACAUCACAGAGGAAACAGCUGCUCUCAUCACUGUGUAACCAAUGUUUGUCAAAGACUCUAGUGUUUGCAAGAAGCCAGGAUUCCUUUAGAAGAACAUGAAGCUAAGUACGGUUUACGUGCCACUGUCCACCAGCUAAAGGUCAGCAAAGGUUUGUCUGAUCAAAGCGCAAAAGGAUGCAGUGGACUGAACUCUGGUGGUCUUUCAGUGCAUCUGAGAAUAAGAAUUGUCAAAGAAUGUUGUGAGAGUUUGGCUGUGCAGCUAGUGGAAGAAUGUUUUGAAGUAAUUGCUGCUGUUUUUAAGCUCCUGUUUACUUUUUUACAUUUUUUAAGCACAAAACUAAUUGUUGUUGAAGGUUCCACAGUUUUUUAUUCCUAUGGUGUCUGUUUUUGUUCAUAACAUGGUUCCUCACCAAACUGGACUUGAUUUCAUUUCAUACAUGUAAAAUAAUUUCACUCAUCAUCUCAAAACAAAACAGUUCAUCAGUUCUGUUUUGCUGUGUGUGAGUCAGACGUCACCUGGACUGUUAACUCUGGUUCAUGUUUCUAUUUAUACUUUUUAUACUGAUAUAUGUGUAUUAUGUGUUUGUUUUCAUUGCCCUUCAACAGCUGCUUUAAUCAGUGAUUGUCAUCAAGGACCAGGAAGAUGUGCAUGGGCUUGGUUUUGUAUAUUAUUUGGUACAGGGAAAUGUCUUGCCAGUGUUUGCUCUGUAAGUCAUUGUAUGUUGGUGACUUCUGUGUUUACCAUUUUCUAAAACAAUUAAAAAAGAGACUAUUUUG